AUGAAUGCCCCAGAUCGUUACGAGCGUUUCGUCGUCCCUGAAGGCACUAAAAAGGUCUCGUACGAGAGGGACACCAAGAUCAUCAAUGCUGCGUCCUUCACCGUCGAACGAGAGGAGCACACCAUCGGCAACAUCCUUCGCAUGCAGCUCCACAGAGAUCCCAACGUGUUAUUUGCUGGAUACAAGCUUCCCCAUCCUCUUCAGUACAAAAUUAUUGUCAGGAUACACACCACUAGCCAGUCUUCGCCAAUGCAGGCAUACAACCAGUCUAUUAAUGAUCUGGACAGGGAACUUGAUCAUUUGAAGAAUGCCUUCGAGGCGGAGAUGUUGAAGUUUUCAAGGGACUAUUGA